AUGGGUAAAGGAACUUUGGAGCGUAAGCUUCAAUUCGAAAAGAAGAAUCAAAAUAUCACCAAAUUGCCCAAAUAUGCCAAGGUUGAAAAAAGACCAAUCCCCCAUGCGGCCGUGGCCUCUCCGUACGCCGGCGCCUCAGUGCCCAAAAUCGUCUACGUCUCCAGCAAGACACCGUUUAUGAGCGCCGUGAAGCGUGUUCAGAAAUUACUGCGCCAAGCGGAAAAGCGCGCCACGGCCAAUGUGAGUCUCGGCGACGGGCGCAAGUCGGAGCAGCAGAAACUUGCCGAGUUGGCAAAAGUUGCCGAAAAGCGGGAGGAGGUCUUUGUCAAGGCUACAGGUCGUGCGAUUGAGAAGGCGCUCAAUGUAGGGAAGUGGUUUGAAGAGAAAGAUGCUGAAUAUGCGGUUCGGACGAAGACGGGGAGUGUCUUGGUGGUUGAUGAUAUUGUGGAAGAUGAGGAGAUGAAGGGGAGGGAGAUUCAAAAGGGUCGGCGGGAGAGGGAGUUGCAGGAUGCGCAAGAGUCGGAGGUGUCGGGUCAGAUUGCUGAUCCAGCGGAGUCGAAGCCUUCGGUACAGUCCGUCAAGAAGCAAAAGGGUAAACGGACGGCUUCGGCUGUCUCUGAAGAUGAGGAUCUUCCCGAGAGUCGGACCCGGUGGAUCAAAAUGGUCGAGGUGGCCGUCAGUCUCAAGUGA